AGAUCACUGGAAAUGGCGGCGCGUGGCCGAGAAAGGAACACAUCAUCCUCGGCACGUGAUACGUUUUCGUCCCUUUGCCUUCAUCGUCGUCGAGGGUUUAAACCCUCACCGAGCUCUGUCGAAGAGAUCGAUACCAAGCGCGAUGUGGUGGCUCGCUGCUGCUCGCCGGACGUCAGCGCUCCGGCCGGGACUGAGAUCCUUGUCUUCCUCCACGACGUGCCGCACCGUUGUGCUGCCGCGUUUCGGCGGGCCGGAGGUCCUUGAGGUUCGCCACGCCGUCGCCGUCCCCGAUCUCAAACCUCGGCAGGUUCUCGUCCGUGCCCGCGCGGUUUCCAUCAAUCCUCUGGAUCUUCGAAUGCGAUCUGGGUAUGGUCGUUCUAUAUUUGAGCCGCUUCUGCCCUUGAUUCUUGGGCGUGAUGUUAGUGGUGAGGUUGCAGCUGUUGGAGCUUCAGUUUCAUCGCUGAGUGUUGGACAGGAAGUCUUCGGCGCGCUUCAUCCCACUGCAGUGAGAGGCACUUACUCUGAUUAUGCCAUUCUUGCAGAAGAUGAGCUAACUUUGAAACCAUCUUCAGUGACUCAUGUGGAGGCAAGUGCCAUUCCUUUUGCUGCUCUUACUGCAUGGCGUGCUUUGAUGAGUACAGCUAGAAUUGAUAAUGGACAGAGAAUACUAGUGAUCGGUGGAGGUGGAGCAGUUGGACUAGCUGCAAUUCAGCUUGCAGCAGCUGCUGGUUGCAGUGUAUCAACUACUUGUGGAAGCCAGAGUAUUGAGCGUGUUUUGGCUGUUGGUGCUGAGCAGGCUAUUGAUUAUACGACAGAGGAUAUUGAACUAGCUAUCAAAGGGGAGUUCAAUGCUGUUCUAGAUACGAUUGGGAUUCAAGAAACAGAAAGAGUUGGAAUUAACCUUUUGAAGAAAGGUGGGCACUACAUGACACUGCAGGGAGAGACUGCAGCUCUAGCUGAUAGAUAUGGAUUGGGUCUUGGUAUUCCUGCAGCCACUGCCAUCUUGUUUAAGAAGCAAAUUCAGUAUCGAUAUUCUCAUGGAAUAGAGUAUUCGUGGACGUACAUGAGGGCUGACGCGGAAGGCUUGGACGAGAUCCGAAGACUGUCUGAAGCUGGAAAACUGAAGAUACCAGUAGAAAAGACAUUUCCAAUCACACAAAUAAAAGAAGCUCAUGAGGUAAAAGAAAAAAGGAUAGUCCCAGGUAAGGUUGUGUUAGAGAUUGACUGAAAUUAAAUUUUCAUCUCCAGGUAGAACAGUUCAAAUCAAUAAUUCCUGCAAAUGUAUAUAUUUCCCUUUAUUUAUUUUUUUUAUUUUUAUUAUUUUUUUCUUUUAUACUUUUCUCUACAUAUCUUCCAGCCAUUACUCUAGUGGCCAUCUGCAGUUUGGAUAUGCGGGGCCUCUAUAAUACAACCAAGGCUGUAGAGUGAUCUGGGUGUCUUUUAUUGAUGGACAAAACAACAUGAUCAUGUUUGUUUUGUUGUUUGGAAAAUGUGAGACAAUAGAAUAAUAGCUGUUACACAAAAAUUCUUUUCAUCUUUUU